UUGUUCGUCGUAUGUGUUAGACGGCAAUACGUGAGUCGGGCUGUUCCGUGCAUUGCACACGUGCAUCCUGUAUUCAGUUCAAGCCUGAUAAACGGACCUCGUUCGCCGGCACCAUGACAAACCCGGAGCAAUUCAUGCAGCUCCUGCAGUCUUUACUGAGCACAGAGAACGAUGUUCGUUCUCAGGCGGAGACCACAUAUGAAAGCAUAAACGCCGUAAUCAGACUAUGGGGAACGUUGGUGGCCAUCAGAACUACAACAUACUCGGACGACAUCCGUUCACUAGCGGCUGUGCUCCUCCGGCGGCUUUUCACAGUUGACUUUGAAAAUAUUUACGCGCAGCUGACCCCUGAACAACAAACGCAGUUGAAGACUGGGAUUCUCCAGUGCGUGUCACAAGAUCAAUCCGAAGUUCUUCGCCGGAAAGUUUGUGACCUUGUCGGCGAAUUUGUGCGCAACAUGAUUAAUGCAGACGGCGUGAAUCAAUGGCCGGAGUUCCUGCAAUUUCUCUUCCAAUGCGUGCAGUCCCCGAGUCCCGAAAUCCGAGUUGCCGGUCUCCAGAUCUUUCAGAGUGAACCGAACGUUUUUGGCGCAGCCCAGACUCAGUAUUUGCAUGUAAUUAAAUCUAUGCUGGCCCAGUCCUUGGCGGAUUCUGCCAACACCAAAAUUCAAAUAGCUGCUGCGAAAGCUUUAGUUUCCUUCAUCAAAGCCAACGAAAGUGACCUUUCAACGAUUCAAACUAUGACUGAGCUCUCGGGCCCGUUGCUUCAUGUAACCCAUAUGAGCAUGGAAAUGGGCGACGAAGACAUUUUGAAAGGGUUGAUCGAGAUCGCCGAGACUGCGCCGAAAUUUCUCCGUGGCCAGAUUCCGUCCGUCAUGGAACUUUGUUUGAAAAUUGCCGUGGAUCGUGAUGCGGACAACAAGCUUCGCGAAUUGUGCCUCGAAGUCAUGGUGACUCUGUGCGAAACCGCGCCUGCGAUGGUGCGCAAAGUAGGCUCAAAAUAUAUCCCGUCGUUGAUCCAAGAGUGCCUGAAAAUGAUGACGGAAAUUGAACAUGACGAAGAGGAAUGGACCAAUAAUGAAGACGAGGAGGAUGAUGACAAUGACGAUAUCGCUGUUACUGCCGAAUCGGCCAUAGAUCGAAUUGCUUGUGGACUAGGUGGCAAGUCUGUGGUGAACACGAUCCUGGCCGCGUUGCCAAUGAUGUUCGCUGCUCAGGAAUGGGAAGCUAGACAUGCUGCGUUGAUGGCUUUGUCCGCUGUAGGGGAAGGUUGUCAGAAGCAGAUGGAAGCCUUUUUGCCGUCGAUCAUGGUGGAAGUUGUCAAGUUUAUGCAAGACCCGCAUCCGAGGGUCCGUUAUGCGUGUUGUAAUGCCAUGGGUCAGAUGUCCUCCGAUUUCAGUCCUCUGUUUCAAAAGAAAUUCAACAACAUCGUGCUCCCUGGACUCUUGACCCUUCUUGAGUCGGAUCCAAACCAGCGAGUUCAAGCGCACGCGGGUGCAGCUCUCGUCAACUUUGUAGAAGAUUGCCCGAAGAACGUCCUCAGCAUCCAUCUGAACACCGUGAUGGCCAAGCUGGAAGCCGUUCUCACGUGUAAAUUCAAGGAGUUACUCGAGAAGGGCUCGAAACUAGUCCUAGAGCAAGUCGUUACGACCAUCGCGUCUGUAGCAGAUUCUGCCGAGGAAAAGUUCAUCGACUACUAUGACCGAUUCAUGCCUUGUCUGAAGUACAUCAUGCAGAACGCGAACGACGACAAGCUGAAGAUGCUGCGCGGGAAGACGAUUGAAUGUAUUAGUCUUGUUGGUUUGGCAGUUGGCCGUGAGAAAUUUUCGAAUGACGCUCGAGAAGUGAUGGACCUUCUCUUGCGAACACAAACGGGAGAAGUGAUCAUGCCCGAAGACGAUCCCCAGCUUUCCUUCAUGAUUUCAUCCUGGGCCCGUAUUUGCAAGAUCCUGGGCCCGGACUUUGGGCCUUACCUCCCGAUGGUCAUGGGCCCGGUGAUGCGUGCCGCGAAUCACAAGCCCGAAGUCACAGUCCUCGACUCUGACGAGAUGGAGUCUGUCCACGGCCACGACGACGAGUGGCAAUUUGUUUCUCUGGGGGAACAGCAAAACUUUGGCAUUCGCACCGCUGGCCUGGAUGACAAGGCCACUGCCUGCGAGAUGUUGGUGUGUUACGCGCGGGAAAUGAAGGCCGGCUUUGUGGAGUACGUGUCGGAGGUGGUCAAGUUGAUGGUGCCGUUGUUGAAGUUUUAUUUCCACGACGCCGUGAGGACGGCGGCGGCGGACUCGUUGCCGCACUUGCUCGAGUGCGGGAAAGUUCGAGGACCGGACUUUGUGCGGGAAAUGUGGAAUUAUAUUCACCCGGAGUUGUUCAAGGCGUUGGAGCAGGAGCCCGAGUUGGAGGUGUUCGGAGAACUCCUGGGAUCGUUGGCUAGGUGUAUUGAAACAUUAGGACCGGAAUUCUUCGAUCAGAAUAUCCUCAAUUCGGUUUUCCAGUCCCUCGAGAAAGCCUUGAAGGAGCAUUUCGAACGAGAAGAUAAGCGACAGGAGACGAAGAAGGAUGAAGAUUACGAUGAAGAAGUUGAAGAGCAGUUUUUGGAGGACAGAAUGGACGAUUCGUACGAAUUGUCCCGAGUAUCCGAAGUUCUGCAGGCACUGUUCAAGGCAUUCAAGAACGACGCGAUUUACCAUUACUUUGACCGACUUUUGCCGUAUUGCGUGAAGUUGCUC